AUGGAGCGAUGGCGGCCAAAGGUAGCUAUUUCCAAAAAUGAUCAGCCUCCUGAACACAAUGGUCUAUCCAUGGAUAUUGCUCCAUUCCAAAAUAUUGAAUCCGUUGCACAACCUAGAGGAAGACCAUGGCUUGGUUCUGAUGGUAUUCUUCUUGAGAUCUUGAAGAGCAUUGUGUAUGGAGGUUCAAUGGCGGUGAACGCAAGCUUAAGUGUCGUAGCAUUCGCAGCUGCUUCUGAUGCCACAACCCUGAGCAUCAUAUGUUUGGCACUCGCAAGUCUUGUUGGUGGGUUCUUCGUCAUCAGACACAAUCUUUGGGAGCUUAUAGAUGAUUGUUACAAGGAUAACUCAAGCCAAGAAUCAAACAAUGAGGCUACCAGUAAGUACAAAGAGCUACUUGGAGAAGUAAACUAUUUCCCACUACAUGUUUUUUUUUCACAAUACUAUCCUUCGUCGUGUUCGGGAUGGUCCCACCAGUUGCAUACGGGUACUCAUUAUUAAGGAAAAUGACUAACUCAAGAUGAUCAAAGAGAAAAUCAAGUCCAUCACAUUAAUCAGUCAAAAUCGUUU